UUUUCUGCUGCCAAGAGAUCUUGGGAGGCCGGCUCAGCUGCUCCCGCUGCCGGGAAGCCCUCGGAGCGGGGCAGCACCUGCCCGCUUUCCUCAUAGCAUUGUUUGUGUCCGUCUCUUUAUUUAGCCGAGGCCUCUUCCUGUUGGAGGUGCCAGGGCAAAGGUGCCCAGCGCAGCCGCCACCUCUCUCCUCGGACAGAGGCACCCACGCGCACAUCUCCCGGACUGGGCAGGGCGCAGCGCGCCGGGCGAGUGAGUCAGGCGAUCCUUAGUGUAGCUGUUGGCAGCGGCUGCAUCCGCCGCCGCCGUCCCCACUUGACUUCUGGAGCUGGAAAGGUGGCGGCGAAGGCCAGCGAAAGGUUGCAGCUCUGCGAUUCCUCGGCGCCGAGGAAAAAACCAAGCAGCAGACGCCGCGGAGGCGAUCGGCGCGGUCGCCUUGCGGUUGGGCGAGAAAAGGAAGCUUCUUUUUCGUCCUAUAGUAGGACGCGCCGUCGAGUUUUGCUGCGCGCUCUGCUGAGCGAGCGAGCGAGCAAGCGCCCGGCGACUUCCUGAGCAGCCCGAGCCAAGGCGGCGAGCGGCGAGGAACCAGACGGCGCUAGACCCCCGGAAAGGCGCGCACGAGCUCCCGGAGGAAUUGGCUGCUGGUACUGGUGAGGCAGGUAAAGCAAGUUUGUCUUGGGUGUGUUCCCACAUGACAGAGAUUGGCAGCUUUCAAAGAAAUCCGACAGCAUCCCAGCAGGAGAGCCUAGGUGUGGUUGUAGAGAUUGCUGUCUUGUCGCUGCCUGAUGCCAAGGACGUUGUAGUAUUCUGGAAGCGCUAGAGGAUACUAGGUCAUGCUCAGUGAAACUGGACCCUCUGGCCACCCAGUUCUCCCAGAAGUGCUGGAAAAGAUAACCUCACGACCACCUGCUGCGACUUCCGCCCAACCAUGGAUAACCCAGAGGUUGAGUCCGACUUCCUCCGAAGUGUACAUGCCCUCCUUCGUGAACUUGAUGGCCACCACCCAGCCUUCCAGAGCGAGAGAGGGAUGCUGAGAUGGACUUUGCACAAAAAGAUUGACAGGAAUCCCAGCAAUGGAGCCCUCUUGAUCAAAAUUCUGGUGAAAGAACUGGAAAGGGCAGAAAGAUGCAACUAUCGGCAGUACAUCAUCCCUUUGCUUCACACGCUGAUGUACACACUGAUAAAGGCACCUUGCAUCCCUGAUGAUUUGUAUGAGAGAGUGUACGAUUUCUGCAAGAAGUUACUCACUCUGCCCAAACCGUACUGCACCAUUGGCCUGGAUUAUGCUCGGCAGCUAAAGCUGGAACGGACAAUACCAGGAGCAUUGUACCAAAGAAUGGUUUCUGCAGAGCAAAGUCUCAAGAACGACUCGUUCCCCUAUCAGGAAAAGGUUUUCAUGUUUGUAGAUCCAGAUUUGCUUUCCGAAGCUGUAUGCCGGGCACUCAUUGAUGAAAUCAAGGCUGCUCAGAUGUCCCAGUGUAUGAAGUCUUGCAUGCUCUGUGUGAUAGAACGUGCCUUCCAAACAGUGCUGAAGGAACACAGUCAUGUUAGGAAUGUGCACAGCAUUCUUCAGGGAAAGCCCUUAGAUGUGACUGAGCACUAUUUUCAGCAAGUGAUGGCAGCCAUUGAACAUGCAGGAAGAGAUAUGAGUGCAGAAUAUAGUCAGUAUGUUGAAGAAUUGGGGAAAAUCUACAGUACGUUGCUGAGCACUUCAGAGAAAGAUGUGGAGAAGACAGCAGUAGAAAAAAGUUUAGGCAUCCCUUUACCCAACCCUAAUAUCAGCUUCCACUUGUGGAGAGAUGAAGACCAGCUUUGGAAGGAGUUGGUGCUAUUCCUCCGUUCGCCAAGUCAAUCGUGUGAACAGGAUUCCCUGAGUCCAGAACUGGAUAUCUUUGAGUUUCAGGAUAUGGGGCCAGACUUUGACUGCUGUGAGCAGACACGUUUGUCUGUGCUCUCCAACGACAGUGGGAUUGAGCGAGACCUGCCCAACCCGGGCGAUGAAAAUCAGUCAUCUUGCACUGCUGAGGCUGAGCACUCCCGGCUCCAGAGGAAAGGUUGCAUGAAGAAGAAGGGGUCUCCUCUGGACAGCCUCGCUUUCCUACAGAGCGGCUCUAAUGGGCAAGGGGCAAAACCUACUGGGAAACUGCAUCGGAAAUCUGGGGGCAGCGUCAUGGAACCGGUGGCUCAGCUGAAACGCCUGCACACAGCUCGUGUCUUGGUACUGGGUGACGACAGAAUUCUGGGGCGCCUAGCCCAGGCCUAUUACUCCCUGAGGAAGCGGGAGAGCAGACGCGUCUUUCUUACACCAAGGCUAAAAGUGCAAUUUUACUAUGUGCCUGUUGUGGAGGAACAACCCACAUCUUCCCCCACCGAGGAAGGUGCUCUGCCUGACCAGACAGAGCCUUGUGAGUUGGCUGCUUACCUUGGAAGAGCUGAUCCAUGGUACGAGAGCAACAUUAACACCCUCUGUCACAUGAUCCCGAAGCUGGCCACCAUGCCCUCUUCUCCAAGCAAAUCUACAGUCUCUGAGCUGUUCAUCCUUGACGUGAUUGCGUACUAUGUGCGUCUGGGCUUGCAGCCAGUCUUCUUCCAGGUGUACGCAGUGAAGCUUUUCUUCAGUAACACAGAUUUGGAGCCUGUUGAGGACAUUUUCUUGAUUGAACUGAGUCUAAUGCUUGAAGAAUUCAACCCUUCCAGAGACAGUCUACCAACGAAAAAGAAGCCAGCAGUAGACAUUCCUGGUGCAGAUCUUACACUCAUGUAUAAGAAGGUUUUGCUGAGUAACCGUGAGAAGGAGGAGACACUUUCAUUGCGAUCCACAGGCCUAGUUAUUAAAGCCAUUCCCUCAAAUGAGACUGAAGAUCUGGUGUGCUUGAAUGUGAAUACUACUGAGGUCGUAAAAAUAUCCAACCUCUCAGGACGAUCAUUUUCUUUAGUGACAAACACUAUUCGAACACGCAACAUCAAAAUCAGAAGCACAGAACAAAGGACCUUCACUGUGUGCCUAGACAAGGACUCUAGGAGGCUCUACAAGAAUGUGACCAGUAUUGAAGUUUUCCCAUGCCUAGAACCCAGCUACUGCUUACAAAAGACAAGAACCAGACGGUCUAGCUUUGAGGAAGAGGAAGAUGUGGGACUGGCUAAAUACUUACCUAAAUCUUUAUUGCUACCCAUCAACACUUUUGCAGGCAUUGUUCAGUGAAAAAGCUGAUAGCCACAGCUAUUUCAUCUUUUACUGCGUCUGAUUAGGGAAUAUCCAGUGGUUGUGUUCCCACGGUGAAGGAGUCCGCAGAAGAAAGGAAAAAGCAAGGGAUCAUCACCAGAACAACAGCUCAGGUCUGCAGCAGGAGAUGAACCCCAGCCCAAUACAGGGAAGCUGUGUCCUUCUAUAAUAGUAGCAGAUAAAACUGUGGCAGAGGGCAUGUACAAAACAAAAUGGAGUGUGAGAGUUUUAGACUUCAGUGCCACGCUUUCCUUAUAUUCAUCUUCCAUUGGGCGAGGAGAGAAUAGUUUUGUUUCACCAGCACACAACAAAUGAAAUGGUGGUAAUUAAUGCUAAAUAUACUUUCCUUUGAACCCUAGUUGUGAUCACAGCUCUGUUUAGUCAGGUGUUGCUGGUCUGUGGUAUAGAUAUGGUUAUUCUGUAGAACCACCUGAAUUUAGGGAUUUGGAUUUAAUGAAACAGUAUGCAAUUUUCGUUGCUGUUGUUAGCAGAAUCUUGGGAUAAAUGGUGUACAUGCUACCCACCAAAGGAAUUGCGGGGUGGGGU